AUGUUUUCUGAAUAUUCCAAAGCACUUUUAACUGGUAUAGAAGGUUCAGGUUCAAUUCCUUCAUUUUCAUCUUCAGCGACUUCAUUAUUUUUAAAUACCAUGGAAGAAAUUAUCAGAACAAAUCAAGGAUUGUGCAAACAGUUAGCAGAAGAUGAUGAGAUUAUAUCUGAAUAUAAGACUAGCAGGUAG